CAAAUUAAGUAUGCUAGCUGCCCCUCCUGGUGACAAAAACAGGGCUCUUGAAAGGCAAGCCCAGUAUCUUCGUUUCCUUAAGGAUUGAAACCCAUGAUCUGCAGUUCCUCAGAGAAGUGAAAGUAGCAAGAGGAAUCCAGUAAUUCCUGUUAUCUGCAGGCUUUAUAAAUCAGCAGCAGCCAGCCGGAGGUGGCAGGAGCCUGCACUUCAGUGCCACCACCUCUCACCUAGCCCAGCACCUCAGGAGCACCAGGAUGCCCCCGAGGCCGUCCUCCCUGCUGCUUCUCCUCCUGGCCCUCCACAGUGCCCUGGCCCUGAAGCUCUGCUCCUUCAACGUGAGGUCCUUUGGGGAAAGCAAGAAGGAAAACCAAAACGCCAUGGAUGUCGUUGUGAAGAUCAUCAAGCGCUGCGACCUCAUCCUGCUGAUGGAAAUCAAGGACAGCUACAACAAGAUCUGCCCCAUGCUGAUGGAGAAGCUGAACGGAAAUUCAAGGAGAGGAACAACAUACAACUAUGUGAUUAGCUCUCGGCUUGGACGAAACACAUAUAAAGAACAGUAUGCCUUUCUCUACAAGGAAAAGCUGGUGACGGUGAAGGAAAACUACCUCUACCAUGACUUCCAGGACGGAGAUGCAGAUGUGUUUUCCAGGGAGCCCUAUGUGGUCUGGUUCCAGUCACCCCACACUGCCGUCAAGGACUUCGUGAUCGUUCCCCUGCACACCACGCCCGAGACCUCAGUGAAAGAGAUCGACGAGCUGGCGGACGUCUACACGGACGUGCGACGCCGGUGGAAGGCCGAGAAUUUCAUUUUCAUGGGUGACUUCAACGCCGGCUGCAGCUACGUCCCCAAGAAGGCCUGGAAGAGCAUCCGCCUGAGGAGCGACCCCAAGUUCGUAUGGCUGAUUGCAGACAGUGAGGACACCACGGUCAAGAAGAGCACCAACUGUGCCUAUGACAGGAUCGUACUUCGAGGACAAGAGAUUGUCAACUCUGUGGUUCCCAAGUCAAACGGUGUCUUUGACUUCCAGAAAGCAUACCAGUUGUCUGAAGAGGAGGCACUGGAGGUCAGCGACCACUUUCCAGUUGAAUUUAAACUACAGUCUGCAAGGGCCUUCAACACCAACAAAAAGUCUGCUCUGAAGAAGAAGAAAAAAGCCAAUCGCUCCUAGAUACAAGGGCCCAUUUUACUAACCAUCAUAAAAUGGCUCUAACAGGCAGGACUCCCUGUACCCUCAGGAGAGAAAACUGGUCCAGCUGCUUUUAUUUUCCACUGGAGCUAAUUCUGCUUUAGCCACAUUGGAAGGAAAAUUUCUGUUAUCCCUUCCCAGCUCCUACCUCUGAACUGCCCAAAAAGAAACUUUGGCUUUUGCAGUCCAGAAAGAAGGCUUUCUCGCCCGGAGCUGGAAUUAUCAUCCACUGGCCCUCGUCCUCUAUCAACCCUGUCACAGGAGAGGCUGCAAGAGGAGGACAAAUGUCAGCCUGCAGUCCUCACCAGAAGAUCUCACUCCCAGGAAAUGA